ACUUCAACAGUCAGAAGUUUUUUCUAUAUAAAGCACUAGGAUGAGAAAUAUCUGGGACGCACUGUAGCUAUUUAUUUGGUCUGUUAAUUAAAUUCUGUCAUUAAUUUUCAACAAGAUUAGAUUUUCUUCUACUGGAUUUCAGUAAGUUAUCUUCUGAUUACUUCGGAGCUUUAUUUAUGCAAUCAUGUGUCUUUCUUAGUUAUUACUAGAGAAAUGGUUAUUUUUGUUGUUUAGUCUUGUAUUAGAUUGAUCUUUACAUUGUUAUCGAUGUGAAGAAAUUACACUCACUUGGAAAUUGGAUCAUUUAUUUUUACUUGGUGUGGUGGUCACAUGAGUUGAGAUUAAAUGGAACAAGGAGGAUUUAUAUAGCCGAUCCCAACUUGUUUAGGAUUGAGACUUAGCAGUUGUUGUUGAUGAAAGUAGGACAAUCAUUGCACUGAAAUUGGUCAGAUUCUUACUAGCAAAGGUGUAGCAUGUCGAGUAUAAGCAUUCCUUCAUCUUCGCUGCUCAUGGUUGCACCAUCAAUAAGCUCCUCCAGCUUUACCAAACGGCAAUGCUCAUUGGGUUCUGUCAAAAGUAUCUUGAAGGGAUUUGUCUUGAAGUCCUCAUCCUCUUUCAAAGUCUGUGCAAUGGCAGCAUACAAGGUGAAACUGAUAGGUCCUGAUAGUAACGAGAGCGAAAUUGAAGUGCCCAAUGAUCAAUACAUCCUCGAUGCAGCAGAAGACGCUGGUUUGGAGCUGCCUUACUCGUGCAGGGCAGGCUCGUGCUCCACUUGUGCAGGACAGUUGGUUUCAGGUCCAGUUGACCAAUCCGAAGAUUCAUUCCUCGAUGAUGAUCAAAUGGAGAAAGGUUAUUUGCUGAAAUGCAUUUCGUACCCGAAAUCGAACUGUGUUAUAUACACACACAAGGAGGCAGAUGUUCAUUAAAUUUUGUUCAGUGUGUUCAUUCUGUUUUCUUUAAGGACACUGAAGAGUAUUAAAAAAGCUUGUUCCAGAAAAGGGGAUUAGUAAAUAAGAAACGAUAAAAAAAGAGAAUAUUCUGCAUAACUUAUGUUUGUGGUAAAAAUAUUUAUUGCAUCAGUCAGCCUUUUUAUGUUUGUUAGAUAUGUAAUACUACUUGUAUUGCUUUCA